CUAAAGUCCAUAUCCAGGGGAAUGAACAUGUUCAAGUUCAGGAAGUAGAUCAAGAGAUGAAUAAAAUUAUAUCAAAAGCUUGAAAAGGUCAAAUUCAACCUAGAAGUCGCUCAAAUUCUCGAAGAUUCACGUACACGACCCCGCCAGGCCCUUCAUUCAGAACAGGAUAACAUGUGAUUGUGCGAUCCACAAGCCACAGACAAGAAACCGAAAUCAACAAAUACAAGCGCGGACCUCGAGCAUAAAGUAUCUUUAACGAAACACACACAGCCGCAAGGUAUUUUCUCAGAAUGGUCUGCUCCCCACUCCGCGCUUCGUCUCACUCCCCAGGCGACCACACCGCGCUCCCCAUCACUUCCCCUUCCUCCAAGCCAUCACCGCCCCUGUCCACCUUCCCCGCAGAAAUCAAAAGCAGCCAACAAUGGCAAGCCAAAAUCUACAGACUCGAAGACCAGGCAGAGGCAGAACAGAGAGGGAAGCAAGCGAGGAGGAAUAGGAGAAAAUAUGGGGCAGAGAGAAGACCUAACAUGGGAGAGAGACGGCAGUUUGGCGCGAAUGGUGGAGGUGCAUGGGAGCUUUGGGAGGAGUGGGAUGGAGAGGGUGAAGGCGAGGAUGACGAUGAUGGAGUUGUGGGGAGGUACUGGUAGAGAGGUGUGAGGAACUUUUAAACGUUCUUGACGAGAAAGUAGCCGUGAAACUUGAUACAUUCGAUAGAGAGGAAUUUCGGGUUGAGUGAGUGAUUACCGUGAACAUGUAGUGAUUCGCAUAGAUAUGUUGCUGAGUAUAACAAAAUAGAAGGAAUGAUGAGAAUGAUGAACGGAGAUGGUUCG